UUACAUAACCAUAAUUAUUUAAAUUAUUCACUUAACCACAAUUGAAAACAAAAAUGAAUUCCAACGAUUUGUUAAAAGAGCGUAUCAUUUAAUUAGAAACAGUGUCGCAGCUGGUAACGCGACACGAAACACGAAUCGCAGCCGCUGGAAACCGUCCACGCGUAUUUAUACAUUUAAUAGAAGCCUGACCAGUGAACUCCACCUUAAUUCAAACUAAUUUACAUUUCACAUGUUCACCGAAGCGAAGCACGCUUAGCGCUCCCAUUUAUCUUGGUUGAAUUUAAUUUCACCCUGGCAAAAUAAAGUACCGACUUAUUCUUAUAAAUGUUAUCGACUUAUACAGUCUUGUCUUGUUUUUAUAAUUUGUUAGAUAUUAAGAUAUUUAUUUAUUUGUAUCUUGUCUAUUCUUCUCCUUAUUUAUUAAUCUCUAAAUAUAAUUAUUUAUAUUUAUGUUUUUUGAUUGAUAUAAAAUUAUAACGUAUCAAUGUAAAUGUAGGCACAUCUUUGAAAGAUCGAUUUUCAUACUGAAACAAGAUAAUUAAAUUAUUGAUUCCUGAUUAGUGAUUAUUGAGUAAAAACGAUGAGUUAAGCAAAAAAGCAAAGUUGCGUCUAAAAAUAGUUCUGCUGGAUUAAGUAAAGAUAUAUCAUGUGAUCAGAUUUUUAUUAAAAUCAAAUGUUACAUCAUUAGAAUAAACAAAAUCACAUCAUAAACAAAAAAACACAUCAUAAACAAAAAAAAUGUAAAUUAUGUAAAUUAAUAUCGACUACUAAUUGAUCGACCCACUAAUUGACUUUAACUAAUAAUUAACUAAUAAUUGCGAUAAAGCGCCGAAUAAUGCGUCAUAUAAGACUCCUAAGCAAAAUUGUUAGACGAGCACGCUAUUCCCUCUAUCAUUAAGUGACUCUGAUAGAUUAUUUUACCCCCACUGCUAACUUAAAUAGAAAUACAUUAGUGACCAGAUUUCUUUUUAUAGCUAACGUUGCGUCAUGUCAUUAAAACACAUAUUGAAUAAACAAAAAAUUAAAUUAUUAUUGACUACUGACUCAUCAUUAAUUAACUAAUUGAUAUUAAUCAUUAUAAAACACGGAAUGACGCGCCAGGUAAAAAAGUUCCAAACAAAAUUGCCAAACCAGCACGGUACUCCCUCUAUCGUUAAAAGUGACUCUAAAAAUAUAUCACGUGACGAGACUUCCAUCAAAACCAUGUAUCAUAUCAUAUAAUGAACACAUAAUGAAACAAACAAAAAUUAAGUUGUUGUUCUGUUCGUUUCAUUGAUCAUUAUAUAAUGCAUCGAAUAGUGUGUUAAACAAAAAAGUUCCAAAGAAAGUUAUCACACCAGACAUUAUUAUCCCCUCUACCAUUAAAAAUGACUAUUAUUAUUUUGUUUUAACUGCUGAGUAAGCAGAAGUAUAUCAGACUUCCAUCAAAGCCAAACGUCGCACAUCGUAUCACAUAUAUUGGAACACAUAUUAGCAAACAAAAAUUAAAAAUCGGAAAAUUAUGUGGGAGGCAGCGUUGUUGAUCGUAAUCCUGUCCGCUGCAACGGAUAAAAGUGUUGCAAACGACUGCGUGCCACGAAGUUUUGGGACAAAUAAUAUCGUAUGCGUUUGCAACUCAACUUACUGCGACAGCACGCCGGAACCAGAGCCGAAGAGUCCAGAGAAAGGUACUUUUCACUGGUACGUAUCGAGCAGAGAUGGCCUCAGGCUGAGCUUGUCAAAAGGAAAGAUCGGCCAUUGUCAAAACGAUGAUGAAUCUGUAACUCUGAACAUCAAUACCUCGAAGAGGUAUCAAACGAUCCUCGGUUUUGGUGGUGCUUUUACCGACUCGACGGGAAUAAAUAUCAGAAAUCUGAGCGAGGCUACUCAGGAUCAAUUAAUCAGGGCGUAUUUCGAUCCGAAAAGUGGAAGUAAAUAUACAUUAGGCCGUAUACCAAUAGGAGGAAGUGACUUCUCUACGAGAGCCUAUACAUUGGACGAUCACGAUGGUGAUGCGACGUUGCAACAUUUCGCGCUUGCUCCUGAAGAUAUCGAAUAUAAGAUACCGUACGCGAGGAAAGCUGUCGAAUUGAAUCCCGAUUUAAGAUUCUUUAGCGCUGCAUGGUCGGCCCCGAGAUGGAUGAAAACUAAUCACAGAAUCAAUGGAUUUGGUUUCUUGAAGCCUGAAUAUUAUCAGACUUUUGCCAAUUACAUAGUAAAAUUCUUAGAUGAAUAUAAAAAGAAUGGAAUAGAUAUAUGGGGUGUUUCAACUGGAAACGAGCCAUUCGAUGUCUAUGUUCCUUUUGAGCGUCUUAACAGUAUGGGAUGGACACCAGAGCUGGUUGGCGAUUGGAUAGCUAACAACUUAGGCCCAACUUUGGCAAAUUCCGAUCAUAAUGGCACACGAAUUUUCGUUUUGGACGAUCAAAGAAUAGGAUUACCUUGGUUCGUCGACAAGAUCUUUAAAAAUGAAAUUGCGAAAAAUUAUGUUUACGGCAUAGCUGUACAUUGGUACACAGAUAUAUUGAUUCCACCGACAGUAUUAGAUGAAACGCACAGUAAUUUUCCUGAUAAAAAAAUUUUGCUAACCGAAGCAUGUGAAGGAUCUUUUCCAUUGGAAAAAAAGGUUGUGUUGGGAUCAUGGGAAAGAGGAAAAAGAUAUAUAUUAAGUAUAACGCAGUAUAUGAAUCAUUGGGGAGUUGGAUGGGUAGAUUGGAAUUUAGCUUUGAACAAAAAUGGUGGACCAAACUACAUCAAUAAUAACGUCGAUUCGCCCAUUAUUGUAAAUCCGGAAAAUGAUGAAUUUUAUAAACAGCCAAUGUAUUACGCUCUUAAGCACUACAGCAGAUUCGUCGACAGAGGGUCGGUCAGGGUUUUCAUCACCAAUACGAUUGAAAUUAACGCCGCAGCCUUUGUAACACCCUCGAACGAAAUUGUGGUUGUUGCGUAUAACGACAAUAAUGAAAAAACAAAUGUGGUUCUAAACGAUGUGGCAACUAAAGAUUAUAUUUGUUUGGAAUUACCUCCACAUUCUAUGAAUACUGUAAUUUACAACAGAUAAAAUGCUCGUUUGAAAUGAAACAACCAAUGAAAUAUAUUAUAAAUUCUAUUAUGUUAAAAAUAUAAAACAAAAUUAUAUCGUAUUAUAAAUAAUAAAUGAGAAGAUGUAUUAUUACGUUUAUUAAGAUAAAAUAAAUUAGCUGAAAUAAAACUUUGUUCUAA